AUAAAUAACAGCAAAAUGGAAAAAAGUUUGAGCUCUUUAAAGUGCUUAGUUGUAAUUUGCUAUGUAGCAAGUUUUGUGGCUAUCUCAUUUCAAGAAAGUACUCCAUGUGAUCGUAGAGAAUAUACAACUGGUUUAGUUUGUAUUUGCAAUGUCACCUAUUGUGAUUACCUAGACGAUCCAACACCAACGAAUAUAAGCGAAUUUGUUAUUGUAUCUACAUCGAAGGCUGGUCUGCGAUUUGAAACUACAACUGGUGUACUAAAUGCCUCCGAAAGUAUAAGCGUUCUAAAUUACAAUCAGAGCACAGACGCAGAAGGGGUUGGAAGAGCGGCAGCUCGAAAGGUAUCGCUUGUGGUCGAUCGUGAGCAACGUUUGCAGAACAUUACUGGCUUCGGUGGUUCAUUUACGGGCUCCGUAAGUUAUAUUCUGGAUAAGUUGCCACAAGAACUGCAAGAUCAUUUAUAUAAAUCCUUUUACUCGUCAAGCGGCAUUGGUUUCAAUUUGAUGCGUACUCCAAUUGGUGGUUGCGAUUUUGAUUUGGAGGCCUGGGCGUAUAAUGAACUGCCCGAAAACGAUACCGCCCUGAGCAAUUUCACAAAGUUAGAUCCACGCGAGGAGAAAAGAAUUGAACAAAUUAAACGUUUGAAGCUGGUAUCGAAUGUAGAAAAUUUGCGUAUUAAAGCUGCCGCCUGGAGCUCCCCACCUUGGAUGAAAACUAAUAACGCGUGGACUAGAUGGAGUCGCUUAAGGCCAGAAUACUAUCAGACAUGGGCUGAUUAUCAUUUACGUUGGCUUGAAUUAUGGGAAGAGAGUGGUUUACCCAUUUGGGCUGUAUCUACCGGUAAUGAACCCUCGAAUGGCGUGAUUUUUAUGUCAUUCGCCAAAUUCAUGAGUUUAGGUUGGACACCGAGGAAACAGGGUAUUUGGUUAUACGAGAACUUCGGCCCAACAAUACGCUCCAAAUAUAAAGAUAUGCUUAUAUUCGGCAAUGAUGAUCAGCGUUACUCGUUCCCUUUUUGGUUCAAAUUGAUGAAUUCUUCGCGCCCCAACUCAAUCGACUAUCUCGAUGGAUUGACAGUACAUUUUUAUUGGGAUGAGAUUUUAAGGCCUACGUUUAUUGAUAUCGCUCAUAGAGCGAUGCCAGACAAAAUCAUGCUUGUUACAGAAUCUUGUAUUGGUGAUAAGCCUUGGCAAAAAGCAGCACCUAUUCUGGGCUCUUGGAAACGUGCUGAGAAAUACGCCCGAGCUUUUCUUCAAGAUUUCCAGCACAAUUUUAAUGGUUGGAUCGAUUGGAACAUUGUGUUGGAUGAAGAGGGUGGCCCGAAUUACGUUAAGAAUUUCGUUGACGCACCAGUGAUUGCGAAUAUGACAAACCUGGUCGAGGUAUACAAACAACCGAUAUUCUAUAUUAUGGGUCACUUCUCGAAGUUCGUACCGGAGGGUUCAGUACGUAUUGCUGCUGAGGCUACAAACGUUAAUGUAGAUACGGUUGCAUUCUUGAGGCCAGAUGGCAGCGUGGCGAUUAUUGUUUUCAAUAGUGGUUACGCCAGCGUUGAAGUGAACAUUUCGGAUAAAAAUAGUGGCUCAAUUAAGUUCCAGAUACCUCCAAAAUCUAUUCAUACCGUUGUCUAUAAUUAAAAUGUGUACUCGUAUGUAAAACAUAACGCACGGAAGAUUGUUUUUCCUUGCAAGUCUUGACUAUUUUUAGUUAAUUGUUAUGUAGAAGUA